AUGGAGACCUCAACCUAUGAUCCAUGCCUCCUUCACUGCCGCGAUCCAAAGCAAGGAUUCAGCAUCAUUGGAAUGCAAACAGAUGAUACGCUCAUUGUCGCUGACGAAGCCUUUGCCGUACAAGAGGAAGAGCAAAUUAAACGUGCAGAUAUCCUUUGUAAGCCACGUGAACAGCUUAUAACCAGCAAACCACUACAAUUCAAUGGUGCAGUAAUUAUAGAAGAUGCCCAGGGUAUUACUCUUACCCAAGAACGCACCUACAAGAAUAUCCAACUCGUACAAGAUCACCCUUCGGAUACAGUCAACUCCCAUAGCAAGAUUCAUAAGAAUACAUCUCCGUAUAAGCAGUACAUUGCUCAACGAGCUCUUGGUGCAUAUAUUGCUUCUCAGGCUGACAACCCCAACCGCGGACUACGAUUCGUCAAGAUUGAUCUAUGGACCGCAAAAUUGUACGCAUUCAUUGAUACUUUAUUCGCCAACAAUAAGGACUCGUCUUCACAAAUUGGCUAUAUUAUUGUACUUGCUAACACUCAAAAUAACGCGAAUAUCCUCCACUGGUCCUCUACAAAGUGUAAGAGGAUUACCCAAAGCGUACUUACUUCGGAGAUGUACGGUAUGGCCAAUGGAUUCAAUGCGGCUGCAGCAAUCAAAUCAACUCUCACCCAACUGCUGCAUCUUUUAGAGCCGCUCCCACUAGUCCUUUGCACUGAUUUGAAGAGCCUUUACGAAUGCCUCGUCAAGCUGGGUACGACACGUGAAAAACACCUUAUGAUCGAUCUCAUGUGCCUCCGUCAAUCGUACGAACGUCAAGAGAUCACGGAAGUGAGAUGGAUCAACAGUAACAGCAAUCCUGCGGACGCCAUGACAAAGAGCAAGCCCUGCCGCGCUCUACAAGAACUUAUUAAUACAAACAAGCUACGUAUCGACGUUAACAGAUGGGUAGAAAGGCCGUUAACGAAGCGCAACUCUGAAUUGUCAUUCCUUACCCCAGUCCGCACCCGUUACUUUUACUUCAUUCUUUUGAUUUUUCCUUUACCACACCAGAUUGUAUAUCAUUCAUUGAUAUUCCUUCUUUUCCAUUCCUUUAGAGAGUUGCCAGUGUCGGAAUAUCAAUCUCAUGAUUCGGCGCUUCUGCACCCUGGUGCAGAAGCAAGCACGUACGUACGGGAGCGGGAUAACGUUAUCCCUAGCGCCCGUACGGCAACCUCGUAUAUAGCUACCAUGACACCCCGGGGCCCCCUACUUUCUCUGAUUAAACCGACACUUGCAAAUGGUGGUAGUGAUGAUGAAGCUGGUCUUGAAGAUCAGAUUGAAAGCCAGGCUGCCGAAGCUCUGGAUACUCUCGAAUACGCUGCAUCACAAACUAUUACGUCCUCUCAGAGUUCAAUGCUUUCCUAUGUUAGAGCUCAGCCCUUACAAUCUCCACAAGAACUUCUCGAUCAAAAUAUUUUCAACUGGGCUAUCGGAACAAUGCAGCCAUUUUCAACAUUUGAUGACCCUCUUUUCAGGCAGAUCUGGAGCGACCUUCCAGGAUAUUCUUGCAAAUAUGGAUCUUUGAAUUCAUUUUCCCGCCGUGUUGACAAAGAAUUUGCUAAGGCUCGGAUACAACUAAAGAAUAAGCUUAGAAAAAUAGAGAAUUGUAAUGCUAUUGCACUCUCUCUUGAUGGAUGGAAGAGUGCAAAUGGCUACAAGAUCUUUGCAAUUAUUGGUCAUUGGAUUACAGUAGACUUUCAGCCUCGGCAUAGAAUUCUUGACUUCCAAGAGAUAGAAGGCCCUGAUACUGGAGAGAAUCUAGCAUCUAUUGUCUAUAAGGUUCUAUGCGAACUAGACAUUAGAGCUAAGCUUCUUUCUAUUACUGGUAAUAACGCAAGCAAUAACUUAGCAAUGGCUGAAAUUCUCCAUGAUUUGCUCAAAGCUGAUUAUAAAACAGGCGAUACUCAGCAAGCAAUAAGAUAUCAGGAAGAAGGUAGCUUUAUUCGCUGUCUUGCACAUAUUCUAAAUCUUAUUGUUAAAGAAUUUCUUACUGUUCUAAAAGCUACUGAUAUUACAGGAGACUUUCAGAUCAUUGAAGAUUUAGAGAAUAAUCUAUCUCUUAUACAAUCACAAAGUGCUUUCUCUCGCAUACGCAUUCUAAGUUUAUACAUCUCUUCAACCACAGAGCGAAAGAGAGAGUGGCAGAAUCUAUGCCAGAUAAAAGGGAUGGAUUCAAAGCUUAUUCAGUAUGAUGUUACUACUCGCUGGAAUUCCUCUUAUCGCAUGCUUAAUGAUGCUUGGAAUGCUGCUCCUCAGAUUCAGGAAUAUCUUAAGAUGAAUUAUAUCUUACCUCCUUUUACUGACCAAGACUGGAAUCAGCUUGGACAAAUCUGGAUAGUCCUUGCAGAUCAGUCUUUGGCUAUCUACUAUCAGCUCUUUGAUCUUCUUCAAGAAGUCCAGGAUAGGGAGGGAAAAUUCAAGGACUUUGACGCAGAUAUCGCUAAUGCAGCUAAAAGUGCCAUGACGAAAUACGACAAGUACUAUACUCUUAUGAAUGAUUUAUGCGAUAUUCUCUAUAUUACAAUGCUUUUAGAUCCUUGGUUUAAGAAACUUGUUCUUGAGCAUGAGCUACAGGAUGAAGCUAAGGAUAUUAUUACUGCUAUGCAAGAGCAGCUUGAGAUCCAGUAUCCUAUACCUUAUAAGCUGGAACUUCCUACAGCUUCAGAAGAGCCAGGACCAUCAGCUGCGUUGGAAAAUCCGCAUAAGACCAUAGUAUUGGAGAUGAUGAGUAAGAUCAAGGCAAAGUCACAAAAGUCUGCAGAAAAGUCCUCUGAUAUUGCACGAUAUCUCAAUUCUGACGUUGUGGAAUUUGACGACAAGAAGAGAGAUUGGAUCUACACAUGGUGGAGAGGUCAUAUAGAUGAAUAUCCACGCAUGGCAGCAGCUGCACGGGAUUACUUAGCUGUUCCAGCAGCAGAGGUUAAUGUUGAGAGAGUAUUUAACACUGGACGGGAUCUUCUUGGCUUACGGAGGUGGUCUUUGAGCAGUGGAACUAUGAGGAAGCUCCUUAUACUGAAAGAUUCACUUGGUAAAUAA